UUCAAGUUAUGUGAGGCGAAACCAGAAACCAGGUAGUACAAUUUGAGUGAGUGUCCAUUUUUACUGUUUUCUCAAAAAAUGGGUGAUUUUACCUACAUAUUACUUGGAAUUGUUUGAUACUAAUGCUAACAUGGAUGGUGAACGAGCUCGCGUAGCCGCUUACAUAGCCCGCUACGCCCGUCGGAUGCUAGUUUCCGCCAUUUUGUUGGUACCCGGCGCACUUCUCAUCGUGGCAGCGACGGCCUCUCCCGGCUGGACGGUUCUGGAGACGGGACACUCCUCCCUCCAUCUGGGCAUAUGGUACCUGGUCACGUGUGAGGCAACCGUUGGCUGCGACAUGUCAGUGUACCAAAAACUGUUCCGUGCUUCCGAUAUCAGAUCAUUGCGAAUCAUGGCGUGUACUGCUAGUAUGACGGCGAUCAUUUCUCCCAUCCUUUUCGUUAUUGCAAGACGUAGAAUUAUCCACCACAAAGGCAUAAUGGAGAUUGGCUUCUGUGCUCUAUGCUCAACUCUUUGUGCAGGUGUUUUAGGUUUCGUUCUGACUGGUAUAACCGCCCACGACCUUGCGUCCAUAGAUGACGCUGAAGUGCUGUCGGAACUACGGGGACCGUACUCCAUCAUCAUGAUGGCGAUCGGAAGUGCAGUGGAGGUUGGCGUCUGUGUGCUUCUCGCGUGGACGAUGGUUGAAAAAUACAUAGAGGACCGCACACACGAACAAGGGGAUACCUGGCUCGCAUUGUCCCGAGGGUGAUGACGGGUGAUUUUAAGGUGCAUUUUGACAAAUCGAUAGCGGGGAGGUGAAAAUAGAUAUUCCAAAAUUGAUAUAUAAUAAUUUGAAAUCCGAGACGGCAUAUUUGACGUAUGUAAAUGCGGAACGGUGAUUAUAUUGGGUGUAUAUAUGCGGAACGAUGUUAUUAUUGGCGUAUGUGAUAUGCGGAAUACAUACUGCAGUCUGACAUUAAGAUCAAGAUCAAAAGGUCGUAGAUGCACCACUAUAGCUUAAAUGAAAAUGUGAAUUGAGCAAUAUUAGACCCAUUGAAAGGUUCAAGAAAUGUCGUCUGGGUCGGAAAUUAGGAUCAUACCGACUUGAUAGUUACGAACUUGUUUGGUGGUUAGGAAAGGACGUUUAAAAAUAUGUAGAAAAACGCUGCGAUUGACAAAUAAUUAGACACCUGAAGGGAUGUGCAUGUUCAUGUUUUCAAAAAGCCGGUUUGUGACUAUGACUUGAAAGUACAACACUCUGUCUCCAGUGGAAUAUCUGUGUAUACAUGCAUAUAAUUCAUAUACCGUAUUUAAACUGUUUAACACAUUUGUUAGGAAUUCCAGCUACAUUUAAGGCCAUUCCAUUGUAUAUAAAUAUAUUUCAAUGUAAAGCGUUGUUUUACAUUUACUUAGAUAUAUAGUGCUGGAAGUGAUGUUGGGAUAUCUGACACAUAUCCUGGCGAUGUCAGCAAUACAUCAAUAUAACCAGUAAUGACCAUGCAUUUUAUGGAAUUGUAGUUGUAGAACAAGUUUGUGAAAGCUGUGGUACAACACUGCUUUCCAAGAUGGCGUCCAAGAUGGCCGCCGAACAAUUAUGAGAGAUAUUAUUUUUUUUAUGUAUAGUACUGCAUUUAAACAAACCGUAUUUUCUGGGCAUGCUCACACAUUUAUACUUUCUAUCAUUCAUAUUUUUCUUACUUGUUAACUACAUUGUAUUUUGAUAUCGUUGCAUUGAAAUUAAUUGAAUCGAAUGUGUUCUAUAUUAUUGCAUGUAAUUGUUAAAUAAUAAAAAUCGCUUUGUU